AUGGAAGUGCAGGAAGUGGGUCCGUCAUCCUGUUGUGAUGCUCAUGUCCUGUUGUUCUUGUUGUUGUUGUUGAGUCGGGGACCUGUUUCCUUUGUGGAGACACUUCUCAUCUGCUCCAUUUUUACCCUCAUUGUGUGGCCUCCUCUGCUUUCCUCCUCAGAGCUGCUGACAUGUUUGGACAGAGGCAGUCAUUUCCCAGCAGCAAAGUACAGGAAGUACUGUCCAGCCGGAUGUGCAGCGGUGACGGGAGACGUGUCUGGGGACAUUUCCCUGGGCUACAGACAUACAUCAGUUUUGUGUAAAGCAGCGGUGCAUGCUGGGGUCAUCAUGGACCAGUUUGGAGGACCAAUCACAGUGGAGGAGCGCCGAGGGCUCAGUCAUUACCCUGCGGUCAGAGCCAACGGCAUCCAGUCAAAAGAUGGCUCGUUGUCUGAAACCCUCUUCACAUUUGUGACAAAUGAUUGCAGCCAACAGACUGUUCUUCAACCUGUGAGCACUUCUACAAGCUUGUCAUCACACAAUAUCUCUUCUGACGGGUCUGAAGUCGACUGGUUUCCUAAUAGCACCCAACCAGGUGUUGCUGAUGACCUUAACAAUAACCAACCAAAAUGGCUCCAGAUUGACCUCGGAGAAAAGAGGAGGAUCACAGGUAUUCUGACCACAGGCUUGACCAUCGCAGGCUUUGAAUAUUUUGUAAAAAACUACAAGAUCGAGUACAAAGAGAGGAGUCGCUGGCGAACAUUUGUCCAGUAUAAUAACUCUGAUGAAAUGAUCUUUGAAGGAAAUACUGACAGCCUCCACCAAACACGCAACACCUUCCAUCCCUCCAUCGUAGCACGCAGUAUUCGAGUCGUACCUCAACAGUGGCACCGGAUAAUCGCUAUGAGAUUGCAGCUACUGGGCUGUCCUUACGUUAAACCCAUCCCAGUGAAUUCAUCAUCUACGGUGACACAGGAGGCCCGGCCUACACAGUCCAUUCACAGUGACUUGACCAAACCAGUGGCCUCUCAGGCCGAUCUUGUUAAUCUGGUCAUAAUAAUUGUGCCAACCAUUCUGCUUGUGGUCCUGCUCCUUGUGGGAAUCUGCGUGGUUAAAAUGCUAUACAAUAAGAAGACAAAGGAGAACACGUAUGGCUCUGCGGAGACACAUACAGGCUGUUGGUGGCAGAUAAAAAAGCCGUUUGCCAGGCACCAGUCCACAGAGUUCACCAUCAAAUACAGCUCUGAGAAAGACCCCAUCCAGAAGCUGGACCUGGUAACCAGUGCAAUGGCAGCUGAGUACCAGCAGCCUCUCAUGCUUGGCACAGACACGGUGUCCCGAAAAGGCUCGACGUUCAGACCCAUGGACACUGAGGACAAAGACAUCGAGGCUACUUCUCACUACGACCACCUGCAGACGGGCAUCCAGUACGCCCUGCCACUGACCAAUCAGGAGCCAGAGUACGCCACGCCCAUCAUCGAGCGCCACGCCUUCCGCAAAGAUCCCUUCCUUCCGGAUCCCAGCUACAGCGUCCCAGGCGUGGUACUAAACAAAAGCCCGUCGUUUCGAGCGGUGGAGGGCAGUAACUGUAGGAAAGUGAUCGGAGGGCUUGCCGGGGGCUACCAGACGCCCCACGUCAAAACGGACAGGGGGAAUUACCCAGAGGACAUCUACGACAGCCCUAAAAUCCUGAAACCCGUCGUGCAGAACGGGAGUUGCUCAGAGUACCAGAGAACCCAGAUCAAAUCCCCAGUUCAAGAGUGCUAUUCCACUCCCAGAGACUGUGUCAGACUGCCUUUCUCCGGACUCAGACCGGACCCGGAGGGCAGCAGCUCCGAAGGAAGCUGAGAAGAACCACACUGUGAUGUGCCUGAUUUACCUGACUCAACAAAACCACCUCCAGACUCUUUAACUUAUUUGUGCAUGAGGGACAACUUGUUUUUGCAUUUUUGCGGAGGCUGUAACGGAUGCCAUCAGUUUUGUGUAAUUUAACGAUUUUUUUUUUUUUUGUAUAUAUGAUGUAUUUUGUCUUGACAUAUCAAGAUUAUAAUUGUCCUGUUUGUUCCCCGUUCAUUCCCUACGGACACAAACUGCGAAUUCGAGCCAGAUUUUCAUGUAUUCUACAAUGUGACCAUCAUCUCAAUUUUGUCAGACUCUGCUUUGAACAUCCCUAAAGGGCAAUUUCACUGAUUUUUCAACCAGCUUUGUUUUAAGGUGUCAUUAGUAAUAUGUAUAUGCACAAUGUAUACUCUUUCUCCGUUCAUUUGUCAGCAAAAGACGUUUGACAGCCAGGUGAUGUGUUUUGCACAAUCUAACAGACUUUUGUUGACAUAAACUGGUGUAUUUGGGUGCAGGUAACAUGGAGAAAGACUAUACAUUGUUCAUUUCGAUAUACUACUGACAUUUUAACAAUACAAAGCUGGUUGAAAAUCGGAAAAGUCUCUUUUAACCUAGGGCUUCG